UAGUGUCAGAUCAGCUGAUCCCUUCUCAUACAAUGUAUCUGAUGUGAUCCCAGGAAGAGGGUGUGCAGCUGCUGUAAUGAUCCCACUACUUACCUUCCUGAUCUGCUAUGGGGGGAUUGUCACCUCUCAUUCCUCUGAUCCCCUCCAGGUGUUUGUCAUCCCCCAUAGUCACAUGGAUGUGGGCUGGGUGUACACUGUGCAGGAAAGCAUGCACGCCUAUGCUGCUAAUGUCUACACCACCGUUGUAGAAGAGCUGAUGAAAGCAAAACACCGCAGGUUCAUUGUAGUGGAACAAGAAUUCUUUCGUCUAUGGUGGGACACUGUAGCUGGAGACCUGCAGAGGCGGCAGGUGCAUCAGUUGAUUCAAGAGGAAAGGCUGGAGUUUAUCAUUGGAGGUCAGGUCAUGCAUGAUGAAGCUGUCACUGCCAUAGAUGAUCAGAUUUUACAACUAACUGAGGGACACAGCUUUUUGUAUGAAACAUUCGGAGUAAGACCUCAGUUUUCCUGGCAUGUGGAUCCAUUUGGGGCUUCGGCCACCUCACCAACACUUUUUUCCAUGGCUGGAUUCAAUGCUCACCUCAUCUCCCGCAUAGAUUAUGAUCUAAAAGCUUCUAUGCAGGAUUCCAAGAAGCUUCAGUUUGUUUGGAGAGGUUCUCAUUCCUUAUCGGAAAAGCAGGAGAUAUUUACACAUGCCAUGGACCAGUUCAGUUACUGUACCCCAUCCCACCUGUCAUUUUCCAACAGGUCAGGAUUUUACUGGAAUGGGGUGGCACUGUUUCCUGAUCCACCGAAGGAUGGCGUUUAUCCUAACAUGAGUCUUCCCGUCACCAGCGAUAACAUUCACCAGUAUGCAGAGACCAUGGUGGAGAAUAUAAAAAUGCGGGCAGCCUGGUUCAGAAGCAAUGAUGUCUUAUGGCCCUGGGGCUGUGACAAGCAGUUCUUCAAUUCUUCCAUCCAAUUUAAUAACAUGGAUUUGUUACUGGAAUAUAUAAAUAAUAAACCAGAGUUCGGAGUGACUGCGCAGUACUCCACACUCGGAGAAUACUUCAAGCGCAUAUACAGGAGAAACCUGACGUGGGAGGUUCGCAAAAAUGAAGACUUCCUGCCGUACUCUUCAGGUAGUAAUCAAGCAUGGACGGGCUUCUACACCUCCCGCAACAUCUUGAAAGGCGUGGCACGCAGGGCCAGCUCACUGCUGUAUGGGGAAUCUGCAUUCACUCAGUAUGUGCUGAAACAUCCAUCUGGUGCUGUAUGCAAAAUGUGGGGCUAUGAGCAACUGCCCCUCCGAUGGGCCGUCUCAGAGGUUCAGCAUCAUGAUGGCAUAACAGGAACCGAGUCACCGAAAGUUAGGGAUAUGUAUAUGGCACACCUGCGUCAAGGAAUGCUUGGGGUCCGGAAACUGAUGGAAGCCAUCACUCUAGACCAGUUCAGCUCUGACAAUGAUGGUCAAUCAGAAGGUAUAAUGAAUAUUACAGUUUACAAUCCACUAGCAUGGGAUAUAACCACAUAUGUCCAUGUGCCAAUGAACGUUUGGGUCACUGAUGUCUAUGAUGAGAUGGGACAGGUCAUUCCAGCUCAGAUCCACAAUUCAAGUGAUCCAGAUCACACUUUUGAUUUGUAUCUCCUUGUUGCCCUGCAUGGUCUCAGCUAUGGAAAGUACUCUUUAAAGAUUGGAAAGGAAGAAUCCCUUCAGGGGACAGUCACUGUGGGCAGAUCAGUGAACUUUGACAGACGGCCGUCAACUGACCAACAAAACGGUGAAAAGACAAAGAUUGCAGUUAUGAAUGACUGCAACACCCUCUGGAUCAACAAAAGCACAAACUUGCUAGACAGUAUAACAGACAGAGAGAGGAAUUACACAAUGCAAAUGACCCAAGAGUUUCUCGAGUACCAUCCCAAUGGAGACAGUGGUGCCGGGCCUAUAUCUGACAACUACAUGUUCACUCCAAAUGGAUCAGCCCUUCCAGUGUCAAAAUCGGUAGGACUGGAAAUUAUCACAGGCAAACUGGUGACUGAAAUCAGACAGGUUUUUUACAGUGAUGCACGUGCAGAAAGCUACAGCUAUAGAAUCAUCUCCAGACUCUACAACACCCCUGAUGGUUAUGAUAAGUCUCUGCUGUGCCGGACUAUUGAACAGCAGUACAGAGUUGGGCCUUUGGAAAUUAACCGGGAAGCAGUAAUCAGAACACGAACCAAUCUGCGGACCAACAAGAGGAUCUUUACUGAUAACAACGCAUACCAAAUGCAAAUAAGGGAUUUCAAAACCUACGACAACAACACAGUGGCCAGGAAUUAUUACCCCAUGGUUCGUACAGCUUAUAUAGAAGAUGAGAACACACGACUAGUCAUUAUGGCUGAGCGGUCACAUGGAGCCUCCAGUCUGGACAAUGGCCAAGUGGAGAUAAUGCUGCAUAGAAGACUAUGGAAUAACUUGGAGUGGGAUUUGAAUUACAAUCUGACUUUAAAUGACACUUCUGUAGUUAGACCAACUCUCUGGCUUAUGAUGGGAUCCAAGACCGUAACCAGUUCUUUGUACCAGAGAAUGGGGCUGUCUCUAGAACAUAGGCCACUGGUCAUGUUUAUUCCAUUUAAAGGAACAUCAGCAACUGAAAAAACGCCAUCCGUCCCCAUUGUAUUACCACCCAACAUUCACCUUCAGAUCCUUAGUGUUCCUGGCUGGAGUUAUUCUUCAAACCACACAGAGCAUAUACACAACCUCUACAAAGGUAAUGGACAGAAAACUGCUGCAGAUUUUCAUCGAGUACUUAUCAGGAUCCAGCACCUCUAUGAGGCUGAUGAAGACCCAGUUCUCUCCAAACCAGCUAGUGUUAACCUCAAGUCUCUUCUAAAAGGAUUGGGUGAAGUGACAUUUGUGGAGGAGCGCUCUCUUACGGGAACAUGGGAUCUAAAUACCAUGGAGAGAUGGAAAUGGGAAACCACACAGAGCACCAAAGAUCAAAUGCAACCUGCAAAGACCCUAGAAGACUUUGUUCUUACUGUAGAACCAAAGGAAAUAAGAACUUUAUUUGUGUACUUUCAGUAAACCCCUACCAAAGGAAGAAGGUAAAAGGGUUACGUGACUACUGAUAACUGUAAAAAUCAUAUUCUAAAUGGAGCCACACUUGUGUGGCAACUGGAAUUCUUAGAUGUAUGUCUGCUAUGCAGCCCAUAGCUUGAUGCGACUAUGUUAGGGUAAAAGGCAAUAAAAGGACGUUAGGGAUUUUUCUCUGUAUACAGAAGACUGAAACAUCAACCCCCUUCAUUGUAAGUAUGUUCUGUUCUC